GUUCAAACGGAGAGGUAAAGUUGAAAUGUAAAUUCGAAAUAUUUUCUAUGAAGCAUCAUAGAGCUUGACUUCUGCUUACAUACUUUUACCAUUCUGUCUGUCCGCCUGUCUGUUCCUCUCUUUCUCUUUCUCCUACCCACCAUCUCCCUCUCAAUAUCUCUAUCACACACACAUUCACAUACAAAACACGCGCCUACGCACACCCAUAUAGUCUUUCUCGGAGAGAGCCAGGCAGAAAAAUGUUGCCUCUGACUUCAGUGCUUCUGUUUCCACCCAUCUGACCUUAAGCGUUGCCAGAAAUGAGUUAUGAUCGGUACCUAGAAGUACAGUACGUAUGCAUACACAACCCCGAGUGAGGUUUAAGAACAGGAAGUCAAGAGAUACGAUGACAGGCAUGAGAGCGGAGGCAUAAUGUUCCAUUUAUCAAGUGCAUCGUAGGCCUCUUUUUUUACGUGGUGCGGAAAGAUGAAGCAGGGGAGAAAGGCUUGUCCACGAUAAUAAAAAUGUAGAAGAGGAAGACGGACGAAGGGAACAGAAAGUAAACGUCGAGUUAGGAAUAAGACAAGCGAUAGCAAAAAACGUAGCGGUGGGAGAGCUCCGGUGGGUGAGGCAACUCCGGUCGUUGGGUCACUUAUGCGUCCGUUGGUUAGUUUCUCCUCCUGCUCUCGCAACACACCUGUAAGACUGGCAGAGCAGCAGUGAUAACCCAGUCUCUGGUGGUGUUGCUGCUCGCAGCCUACUCAAGACAACUGCUGCACUCUUCCAAACCGAGACUUGACCCUGCAUUGUGUCUUGUACUGCAUUACGAGUGUAACGACCUUCACAUGACAAGAAUGAGGUUCGCCAAGCAGCGGUAGAUUUGGGCUUAGAAAGACACUCAUUCUUUGGAUGAGGUGGCGGGAACACAAGAACAAAGCAUGGUUUUAGAGAGGAAGUUAUUGUCGACAUGAACUGUAAAAGGCGAAAACAGGACAGCAUGGCUUCUCGGGUGUCGGGUUAAUCAAGACUAACGUAAUCUGGAGAAAACACUGAAAAUUCGACAACCUGGUUAUGGGAUGUACACGUUCACAAAGACUUUGUUUCGGAAAAUAUCAUACGUGAUGUUGUACCUUCCACCGCCGGUGUUCAAAUUCCUUCUUUGGAGUUCACGGACUCUCAAGUACGUCCACGCCUCUGACAAAUUUCGUGUGCUUUUGAUGUCGAUCCUGAUCUUCAUGUGCAUCUUACUCUUGUCGGUCCAGCGCGUUCCUGAGAAAAUUCUCGGCAUUCGGUCCCCCGAACGAGUCCUAGAAGUUUUCGAGGAGAGCCAGAAUGCUUUGAACGACACCGCCGUGUCACCCGCAGUCCAGAACGGCUCGCACCUUCUUCAGAAGAGGCACAUUCCGCACAAGUUCUGGGCGAGAGCCAGACCCCACAACAAAUUCCGCAAGAAGAAGCGACUCCAAAGACUCAAGCAAGAGAACUUAGACGCUAACGAAAAGUUGUCUCAUAAGGCCAACGCCAUCAACGUUCGACAUGACGUCAUCAAAUCGGGGAACAUACGCUAACAUCGAAUUUCAUGUACUUUGUGUGCCGAAAUCGGGACGCUCCUUAGUGUUACGUAGCCACCUUGAAUAUCAUAACUCAUAGCACCACGAAUGUUUACCGAGUCGUAAUGACGUCGUUUAAAGAAAGUCGAUAAUUAUAAAAAAAAAAAAAAUAUGUUCACCUUCGUUAAAGAGUUAUUUUUGUAGCGGGACUGAUAUGCUUCCUAACACUUAGUUGUCUGUGAUAGUGUGACAGGUAAAACUGCGAACGUAAUCAUGUACUGAAAGAGCAAUGCAUAUAGUAGUGAAAGACGUGAUUAAGAAAUGCGGUAAAGAUGUUUUAAUGGUAUGCAUAUAACACCAAAGUCUUUAUAAAAUCUACUAUGCAUGUUUGCCGGUGCAUGUACGUAAAUAUAUAAUACUAUACACUAUAUAUCAUGUAAAUAAAGUAGUUAUAAUCGUAAUAAAACUUCAGACGUAUUUCCAGAA